AUGAUUGGUGCAGUGCCCCAAUCAAACCCGUGGACACCCUUCCCAGGCCCGUCCGUCCAGGCCCGCCAAACUUUUCUCAGGCCACGUCGACCACAACUUCCAACAGACCAACUUGUUCACGACAACCACCAAUCAGCCACAUACUUAACCAUCACACAUUUUGCCAUAGAUAUCCAACAAGAAAAAAAAAACAAGCAGGUAUGUCACCACGAUCGGAACGCGGAUCUGAUGCCAACUCCGUCCCUCGUUCGAACUCUAAAGUCCAUUCAGAACCUCGUCGAUCAGCAAGAAUGGUAUGCUGCCCAUCAAAAAUAUCGUACUUCGGCGGCACGUCUUCUGAAGUCGAAUGAACAGGCUUCGAUCCAGGAUGCGAUCUCAUUGUUAUUUGAAGGGUCUAGACUGUUAUUGGAGCGAGGACAAACAGGCUCGGGGACCGACCUCGGGCUGAUGUUAAUCCGGGACGUACUAGUGGCCAAGAAAGUCGGAUUAGGAGUAGAGGAGCGAAACAAGCUCUUGACGCUGAUUACCCUGACAGGAUCAUCGGGAAGCUGGAGGAAGACCUUGAUCGAUGCCGCAGUGUCUUGGACUUGCGAUGCUGGAGAUUGUCCUACGGGCGAUCCAGCGUUACAUCUGGCUGUCGGUGAACGACUUUUCAAGGAGAAUCAGUUCCAAUCCGCCGUCAUCCAUCUCCUAUCGGCUUGCAAUCGGGACGCCGCGAAAGUGCUAUCAAACGUCUUAUGGGCUUGGUCGAAAGAGGAUAAAUCAAACCCGGAUGGCUGUCUCUCCGGUCGAUACGCAGCCGUGGGUGUUCUCGGCUACCUCGAACUGGGCUCGAUCAUUUCCGCUCGUAGCUUCCUGGAAGAUUUCCUCCAAAAGACUAUCUCCACAUAUCCCAAGCUUUUGAAUUGUGAACUGCCUGCCGAUUGUAACAACAGCACGAUCCACGUCUUUGUCGUACCAUCGCUCAACUUCCUUCAGCUCCUAAUUCUUACUUGCCAAGUCGGUCCUGGCUCGUUACCAAAUGGUUCGACCCCUCCCCCCAACCACACCGGCCCUACUAUCGGUAAAGCAGUCUAUCAAGCUAUGAUUGGUCGUUAUUCCCGCUUCGAUGGCUGGGUUUCCUCACCUGCUAUUCAAGAAAGCUUUGCUACUCUAGCUGAAAUGUAUUUUGGUAUCAGACAACAACGACAAGGAGGGAACAUCCUGAGUGAUCUAAUGGGAUCCUUGUUUUCCGGAGGGCCUGGAGGGCCUGGUUCAUCAUCACAUCCUCCCAGUUCUCGCACUAACAAAUCGAUUGAACCUUCUGGUGGAAUUAGCACUCCUACUCUAGAUUAA